UUUCUCUGCUGACCCAGGAUGAAGGGUCUGGGACCUCACGGUCAGGACCAGGCUGUUAGAAGUGAUGGUGCCACCAGCUGGGCUUGGGAGACAGGCCGACCCAUGGGGUCUGCCAGCAAAACCUAUACCGGUUCGCUCAGCGCCUGCGACUGGGACCCCUCCGAGGCCGCCCCGGCCAGCACCCGCCUCCGCCGGCCAGAAAUCCCCACACGCCGCCAGCACAGGCCCGGGGCCGCCGGCAGCCACGAGGCCCGGGCCGGCGCGGGCUGCAGGGCAGACGGGGGAGGCGGCCCGCGGGGCCGGGCGAGGGGGCGCGGGGGGCCAGUCCGCUGGCGGCCGCGCGCAGACCCCGGCCCAGGCCCGCGCCCCGCGUUCGCCGCGCGCUCGCGGCCGGGCCCGCCUCUCGGCCGUUUUCGCUUUCGCUUUCCUGCCGCUCUCGAUGAGGAAAAUGAAAGUGGCCGUGGCCAGCACCGGGAAGCCGCCGGCUGGGCGAGGGGCGCAGAGCGCGGCGGCGGCCGGCCCGGAGCCGCGGAGCCGAGCAGCCGGGGAGCCGGGAGCCGGGAGCCGGGAGCCGGGCCGCAGCCCGCGCCCGGCGAGGUGGCAGCACGUCCUGGGCUUCUCUGCACUCCAGGCAGUCCUGAGGCUGGACUGCAGAGAAUCGAGAAAAUGGUCUCCCUUCUGGAGAUGUGAAACUCAGCCACCAGCCAUGGGACUGAAAAUGAUACCUACCUACCUCAACGGGCACUCUGAGAAUCAAUGUGAUGAUGCAUCCUGCGUAGGGCCCGGCUCAGAGUGGAACCUCGGUGAACGUCAGCUGCGGUGGUGCCAGCGUUUGCAACCUGUUGGAGGAAAACAACAUCAAGCACUGAAUGGUGUGGUGAAUGGACAGGGCAACAGAAUGAGCUCUACUCCACGUGGACGUCUUUGGAACAGCACACAAGAGUGCCACACUGGUUGCUGAACCACAGCUGUGACUGCAGACUGAGGAGCCGGGGAGGGAAUGGAAGAUAAAGACUGGUAUGCAGUUUAGAAGUGGAGGACAUCCUUUGACAUGGCACUACAGCCAGGGAAGAUCAACCACUGGUAGUGGCAACAGGGGCUGGAAGACACCACGGUCAAGGCCUGUCUGGACCUGAGGACAUCUGAAGGGACAGAAGGACAAAUGCAAAUGACCAUGCAUGGGACUCAGCCCCCAUAGGGCGCUGGAGUUUCCGUCCCAGGAUCCCCUCUUCAGGGAUGCCUGUGUUUGUUGAUUAUCUGCCGUAUGCCUGGCUGCUUCAGAAUGCAAGGAAUAAAAUGGCCUUUAGCAGUGGCUGAGACAGGACCCUGUGGGAUGUACAAUAAGGAGUCUAAGGCCACAGGAUGAGGCUUUCCUGACUCUGUCUCCUAGAGGGCUGGCGUUUUCUAAGGUUGCAAGCCUGUUUUAUUCAUCCUGAUUUCCCUAGCCUGGAAUAGGCCGUGGAUGACAGUUAAUAAACGUUUGUUGUGUGA